UUCAUACUUGUGAUUUCAUUUGUUUUGUUAACUUUGUGUUUGAUUAGGUUGUUGAAUUUAUAUGCAGGGAAGACUCAGCUUAUCAAUCAUUUUCUGAUCAACAAGAGUUGGUAUAUUGUUGAUUUGCCUGGAUAUGGAUUUGCCAAAGCGUCUGAAUCUGCUCGAACAGAUUGGUCUGCAUUCACUAAAGGCUACUUCUUGAAUAGAGAUGCACUCGUUUCUGUGUUACUCCUAGUUGAUGCAAGUGUUCCCCCACAGAAGAUAGAUGUUGAUUGUGCUAAUUGGCUUGGGCGGGAUCAGAUACCUAUCACCUUUGUGUUCACCAAGUGUGAUAAGAUGAAAGGCGGAAAAGACCUACGACCUGAGGAUAACAUCAGAAGUUUCCAUGAGUUAAUCAGACAGAAUUACAAACAACAUCCCCCAUGGAUCAUGACUAGCAGUGUCACUGGUCUAGGCCGAGACCAACUUCUACUCCACAUGUCACAACUAAGAAACUAUUGGGAUAGUUAGAAAGUAUAUUAGAAGAUUUCUGGUUUACAACUACAGAAAUGUCUACUUACCCUAUGUUAUCUUUUGCAAGUUUGUAUAAAAUGGAAUGAAGUUUUGAAAUUUUAUAAAGAAAAAAAAAUGGGUAGAUGUUUAUGUUGCUAGAUAUACUAUUAGUACUCA